CGGUAAAUUUUUUCUUUCUGGUCCCCGGCGUGAGUCUGUACGUUGCAUUGUUCUUACUCUGUGAUUCUUUGACCAUUUUUAGAAGAUCAUGGCUGAUAAUACCGAGCGAACCUUUAUCAUGGUGAAACCUGAUGGUGUAGAGAGAGGUCUAAUUCCAGAGAUCAUGAAGCGCUUUCAACGAAAAGGCUACAAACUGGUAGCCUCAAAGUUCAUGAAGUCUGACCUUGCGCAUAUUCAAGAGCAUUAUGUAGACCUCAAAGAAAAGAAGUUCUACCCUGGACUCUGCAAGUACAUGUCAGAAGGUCCGGUUUUCCCAAUGGUCUGGGAAGGUCAGGAUGUCGUUCGUCAAGGCCGAAUACUUCUGGGGGAAACUGAUCCAUUGAAGUCAAAACCAGGAACCAUCCGUGGAGACUUCUGUAUAUGCAUCGGACGCAACAUCUGCCAUGGUUCGGACAGCGUGGAUAGUGCAAAGAAGGAGAUCAGCCAUUGGUUCAAGAAAACCGAACUCGUUGAUUGGGGCCCAACCGAAAAUACCUGGAUCUACGAAUAGAUAUUUCUGUCGAAUCUGUCUUGAGAAUUUAAAGAUGGCAUGGUUGUGUGAAUCAAUCUAUGGACACCAUUUGUCCAUAUAUGGGCAUGAUAUUACAUUAUAUUGGCAUAUGACAAUGCCCUUGUAAUUAUGGAAUUUGUUACAAUAAUGCUAAAGAAUUACAAUAAA